UUGUGAGAAGUGUCAGUUUAAUUGUUAAUGUUGUUAGUAGUAGACAAAUAGUGAAACGAAAAGUGAAAACGACUUCGAAUUUUUUAUUUUUCACUAAAUUGAAAACAAAAUGAUGACAGGAGACGACAAACUAUUUUUUCAUAAAACCGUUCAGCAUUUAGCAAGAUCACUUGCUAAUAUCAAGGCUAUUCCAUGGGAAAAAGUGCAAACCUUGUUCUCACUUUGUCCUUCAGAACUACAGAAUGGAACAUUGGUGAUAAACUGCAGACAACAAGAUGCAGUUAUUGCUCUGGGAGUAUUUCUGCUAGAAUCAGGCCUCCAACACAAAUCCAAAAUAUUACCCUAUUUACUUCGUUUAGCCAAAUCAUUGGAAAAGGCUUAUUGGCAAGAUGAAAUCAAAUUAAAUCCUACUGACCGUAUUCCCAUAGCAGAAAAAUUCAGUUUCUGCUUACACACUUUGCUUUCUGACAUAGCAGUGAAAUGUGAAGAUUCAAGAAAAGAAAUUAUUGAUACACAAGUAGAAUGUUUGGUAUCUUUGACCAAUCUAGUCAUAAAAAUGCAAGAUCCAAACAACAGAAACAGUUCCAGUAAAUUAUUUUUGUGUAAGACAAUCCUACCAGUACUGAUUGGAUUGGCGAGAGCUUUAGGAAGGUUUUGUACAAGUGAUCCACCACUUAUAACUAGAUUAUUUCCCAGACCAGAGCCUCCUUUAAGUCAGGCUGCAGCUGUAGAUAGAAAUGCCUAUAAAAGAAGCUUCAGCAGCUUUCGAAAUAUAAUUCCCAGGAGUUUGUCAGGAAAUCUACAUGCUGCCGUUGAUAUUUUAGCUGUGACAGCGGGAACUUACGACACUACAGAUGUAGCAUUCAGCUCAAAUUCAUUGAAACGUGGUGGUUGUAUUCAAUAUAAUGUAGGUACUUAUGACCCUAGGACAUACUUCUUCUCGAAAUUUGGAUCCAGUUUCAAUCAAUUUCCCCAACUACGAAUAACAGAUUGCAAUGACAAAAAACCUAGAAUCAUUUUUCCACAAGAACACUUGUCUACCAUUCUGGCGCUGAGCAAAGAACUUUUGACUAAAGAGGUGCUGACGUUGCUUGAUGAAGACUCAAUGGAGAUUAGUUCAACAGGGAAAAUAUUGAUUUUUCCCUAUAAAACUUUCUCAGAGACCAUAAAUCUGGUUAUGGUUACACUUAUGAGAGAGUUAUUACAUCCCCAAAAGGAUUUGUCAGUUCCUUUUACAAAAGAUGUCCAAGAGUUCGUUAAAGGUAUGUAUUUGCAGAAAAUAGUUGUUAUGAAUCCAUCUUUUGGCAAAGCUGGAUUAUUCAUAAUGGUGUUUUUAAAUAAAGUGUUAUUCAUUUCAGUGGAUUUGGAGUAUAAUUUCGCAACUUUGGUUCAAUUCCUAAUGAUUGUUAUAGGCGCUGACAGCCUUUGCGGAAGACUAACUGAAAAGAUAAAUUCGAAUCAUGGCUACAAAUUAGUAUUGGCACAUAUGCCAUUGUUGAUGGUGUGUCUAGAAGGACUGGGCAAACUGGCACAGAAAUUUCCAAAUAUCGCAUCUACUUCCAUAUAUUGUCUUAGAGAUUUUCUCAUAACUCCUUCGCCAAUUCUUUCUAAAUUACAUAAGCAAGCUAAUGAGAAAGGCAAUAAGGAAAAUAUGAAAAUAACAGAAUGGUGUCAACUUAACCACCUCAUCUUAAACACUACCAAACACUACAACAGAAGGAGCAAUAUUCCAGAUCACAUAUGUGACUCACUUGAUAUUGAUGUUGUAAGUGUUGCUGAAUUUUUUGGUACAAUUUUGGAUAAACAACUGACUUGGGAUUUACAUAUUGAUAGUACAAUUAUGUUGGGGCAUGUGGCGAUUUCGAUGAAAGGCACUCCGAAAACGACAGACACCAUCUUACAUUUUUUCCAACAGAGAUUUUGUAGAGUACCUUCUGCUUUGGACACGUUGAUAGUUGACCAGCUGGGGUGUAUGAUAAUAGCGCAGUGCGAGCCACAUGUCUACGAAGUUGUCAUGAAAAUGUUCACCAUGAUAACCGUCGAGAGUGGAAGUGCUGCUUAUAAUUCAGUCAGCGAAAAGGCCCAGUAUAGACAUGUAUCGAGGCCAGUUAUGAACGCCCUGGCAAACAUCGCAGAUAAUAUACAAGGUGAACCUCAAAUGAUUGAAUUAUUGGGCCGUUUGCUAGAACUAUUUGUACAACUAGGUUUGGAGGGAAAAAGAGCUAGCGACAAAUCACCUGUUCAAGGCUUGUGGCCAGUAGAAUGGUACGAAGGAGUAAAAGAGAUAGCUGUGAAGUCUCCAGCUUUGGUGUCUCCCACUUCGAGCAGGUCGGAAAUGCGAGAGUUGCAAUACACCAGCGCAGUGAGAAAUGACAGUGUCUCAGUAAAUGAGCUCCAUGAGUUGAGAACGCAAAUAUUAGAUUUACUGAAGCAUCCUGCAGACGCAACUGCUUACAUAAAUAAGCUGUCAUUUGCCCAGUGCACGUUUUUAUUAAGCGUUUUUUGGGUCGAAACUUUGAGAGUUCAACAUUCAGGCGAACCUAGUUUGGUACCCAUAAUAUCCGACUACUUGAGUGAUUCUGCACUGCAGAAGGACAAAGCUGGAAUGUGGAACUGCGUUUCUUCCGUCAGCGAAAGAGUCUUUGAAAAAUUCUUGGAAGUGAUGAAGGACAAACCGAAGAACGAAGAUAGGGAGGUGGACCUCGAACAACAUGCCCAGUUCCUUUUAGUCAACUUCAAUCACCAACACAAGCAGAUCCGAAGAGUUUCCGACAAGUUUCUGGCCAGUUUGGUGGAUAAAUUUCCGCAUUUGUUAUGGAGCAGAAGGGUUCUUUGGACCAUGCUGGAUAUUUUACAAGUUUUGUCGUACUCGUUGCAAAUCGACCCGAAUCAAGAAACGCCUACUCUCCGAAUUCCUCAAACUCCCUAUUCAAUUCAGCUGAUGGAUACUUUGGAGGCAAGGGAGAGCAUUGUCAAGGAUUUUGCUGCAAAUUCAGAGCGUAUAAUAAGAGAGGCCAUGAAGUGGGCUCCGCAGUGGACAAGGUCACACGUUCAAGAAUACAUCAAUCAGAUACCCAUUUCGGGAAUGUGGCAUCACACCGGUUUAUCCAUGGCACUAGAAUCGGUGCUUCAAUGGGGUCCACCAAACUUAUAUAGCGCCCCCUUGAGCACUAACACUUUGGAAAAGAGACCGAAAUGUGUUAAAAGCGAUUCCUCAAAAUUAAUAUCUACUUCGGCAAUGAGAUCCAAAUAUAUUGGAGAGGUAAUCGGAAUGCAGACCAUCUUUGGAAAAGAUGACGGUAACUCCCUCGUGGAACUCAUUCUUAAGAGAGUAUGGAGUGCGUGUAAGGACAGAUCUGACGCUUUACAUAGAGAUGCUCUCUGGCAGGCAACUGCACUCUUGAUUUCGACCUCCGAGCUGAACAGAAACCUACUACACUGCAUCGCUUGGUCACAAGUUGAAUUGUUCACUGUCGAAGCAAUGCGAACUGCAGUUGAAUGUUGGCAGUGGCUGAUAACCUCUAAACCAGAAUUGGAAGUGAGAUUUUUACAGGAAAUGGUGUCGGCUUGGAAGUGUACUGUUCAGAAACGUUUAGGUUUAUUCUCUGUAUCCAGGCUUCAAACUAGUCCAUUAGCAGCAUAUGAAGGUUGCUAUUUGGAACCUGAUCCACCCUUUGUCAAACCACAUGGGAUCUGGGUGCAAUUUAUUUGUGAACUCGUUGAAACUAUAAAGUACAGCAGUUAUGAGAAAGUUGAGAUGAUUGCUAGUUUGAUACAUCAUUCUCUUGCAAUGUAUGUUGGUUCAGAUCCUCCUCCACAAACCAGACAUGUUUCAGCCAUCGGUAUUCGGUUCAAGCUAUUAUCUUGCGGUUUAUCUUUAUUACAAGGCGACAUACUGCCAAAAAGUCUAGCUAAAAACGUGUUAAGAGAGAGAAUAUACUGCAGCUGCUUGGAUUAUUUUUGUAAACCUGUGACGUGUCCAAUUCAGAAUCCAGGAGAACUUCGGGAAGAUAUCACUACUUUGGUGAGGUUUUGGCAAACCCUACAUUCGGAUAAGAAGUACCUUAAAGCUAGCGACGUCGGAGAUUUAGAUUUAGGGCCAACAACUCCUCUUUCGACAAUAAACAACAAUGAACUUGCCAAACCUAGCGAUUUCAAUAAACCAAAUACCGGUUGGAUAAACACUGUACCACUGUCCAACAGUACAGCCACUUUAAGCAGAAGAUCCGCAAAGUCUAAAAGGGUUCCUGUUGCUGACAACUUUGUCAAAUGCUAUUUGAAGAAAAGGAAUUUGAUACUUGAAUUAAUGGCUGUGGAAAUAGAGUUCUUAGUAGUGUGGCAUAAUCCAACAUUCCGUCCAGAGCUGUCUAUACCAGGAGAAGAAAAUUUAGCUUCAUGGCGAGCAAAAACAAUUACUGAAAAGCAGUGGCAUGACUAUACACGAUUGGCUUGGGAUAUAUCGCCAGCUCUUGCUGUGUACUUACCGACAAGGUUCAGAACAAACGAUGCUAUAAUCAGUGAGAUCAAAACUCUAGUCCAGAUGAAUCCUACGUGUGUAUCUCAUAUUCCAGAGGCUCUACAAUAUUUGGCUACAACGGAAGCUAUCCUCAGUGAUAGUACAAAACUGGGGCAUAUGUUAACUUGGAGUAAAAUUACCCCAAUCCAGGCACUAGCGUACUUCAGUAGACAAUUUCCGUCUCAUCCCAUCUCUGCACAAUAUGCCGUUAGAGUGCUUAGCUCGUACCCAGCAGAUGCUGUUUUGUUUUAUAUUCCUCAAUUAGUGCAGGCUUUGCGGCAUGACAAGAUGGGUUACGUUACUGAAUUCAUCAAAUAUAUUGCAAAGAAAUCUCAAAUCGUUGCCCAUCAACUUAUAUGGAAUAUGAAAACAAAUAUGUUCGUGGACGAAGAUAUGAUGCAGAAAGAUCAUGUCUUAUUUGAAACUUUGGAGUCGAUCACAAACAGCAUAGUGGGUGAUUUGUCUGGUCCUGCAAAACUCUUCUAUGAAAGAGAGUUUGAUUUCUUUGAUAAAAUCACCAAUAUAUCUGGUGAAAUUCGACCAAUUCCGAAGGGCGCAGAAAGGAAAAAAGCUUGCUUAGAGGCUUUGAGCAAAAUCAAGGUUCAACCAGGAUGUUACCUUCCUAGUAAUCCUGAAGCUAUGGUCCUAGAUAUCGAUUACAAGAGUGGGACCCCAAUGCAAAGCGCUGCCAAAGCUCCUUACCUUGCCAGGUUCAAGGUAGCUCGAUGUGGUAUCAAUGAACUGGAAAGUAUUGCUAUGGCAGUUUCCAAUAAUCAGACCCGCGAACAACAAAGUUUUGGACCAGAAAUGUGGCAAGCCGCAAUUUUCAAAGUAGGAGAUGAUGUGCGACAGGAUAUGCUUGCCUUGCAAGUGAUUGGGAUUUUCAAAAAUGUUUUCCAAACAGUAGGGCUGGAAUUAUAUCUGUUUCCUUACAGGGUUGUAGCUACUGCGCCUGGGUGUGGAGUAAUAGAAUGUGUCCCCAAUGCAAAAUCUCGUGAUCAGCUCGGCAGGCAAACGGAUAUAGGAAUGUAUGAAUACUUUUUAAAAAAGUAUGGAGAUGAGAGUACAAAAGAGUUUCAGAACGCCAGGAGAAACUUCAUUGUUUCGAUGGCAGCCUAUAGCGUCAUAGGAUUUCUUCUGCAAAUCAAAGACAGACAUAAUGGCAAUAUUAUGUUAGAUACUGAUGGUCAUAUCAUACAUAUCGAUUUUGGUUUCAUGUUUGAAUCAUCUCCUGGGGGCAACUUGGGAUUUGAGCCUGAUAUCAAGCUGACAGACGAAAUGGUCAUGAUAAUGGGUGGGAAAAUGGAGGCAGCACCAUUUAAAUGGUUUUCUGAUCUUUGCGUUCAAGCAUAUCUUGCAGUAAGGCCCUAUCAUGAAGCCAUUAUCUCUCUAGUUUCUCUUAUGCUGGACACGGGAUUGCCUUGUUUCAGAGGCCAGACUAUAAAGUUGUUGAGGGGGCGAUUCAACCCAGGAGCUACUGAUAAGGAAGCGGCAACCUAUAUGUUGCAGAUAAUCAGAAACAGCUUCCUAAACUUUAGAACUCGCACUUAUGACAUGAUACAGUACUACCAAAACCAAAUUCCAUAUUAGUAACGGUAUAAAUAAUAUAGAAAAUAGUGAAAGCUCUACCUGGGUCCUUACAAUAUUUGUUGAAAAAUAAUGUAACAUACUAUAUAGACUUCUCAAUGAGUAGUUUUUUUCAACUAUUUUUGAGACUUCGAUAUUAUGUAAGCAUUUUUAUUUUGUAUACUUUUUACAUUCCUUGAUACAUAUCUCUUACUAACAUUUCAAAUACCAGGAUGUUGUUAAUGCUGAAGAUCUCUGAAUUCUCGUAAGAAUUUCUGUAAAUGGGUAUACUUUCUGUAUUUCUUUUGUUAAAUGUAAAUACAGAAGCUUUUCAAUUCCGAAAUCAUCCUUGAAGAGAUAUUGUUCAGUUUUUGUGUUUAUGCAAGAAAUUCAACCAUAUUGUUCAGUGGUAAUAUGUAAUUAUCUGAAAUUUGUUAUUAUCCAUGGUUAUCGAAAACUUUUUCUUGAUCCUUUUUAUUAUGUACAGGCAAUAUAUUUUAUGUAAUGCAUUUGUUAUUUCUUCCAGAAGUUUAUCCUAGUCAUUAGAAGUUAAUCAAUGUAAAAUGUAGAUAAAGUGGUACUUAGAGUAUUUUUGGGAGGAGAUAGUAUCUGAAAUGAAAAUGUAUUUGUCCUUGGUGAUAUUGUAUAUUCAUUUUAUUUUCACUGGUACCUUAUCUUCAUAUAAAAUAUUAUUUUUCAAUAAGUGUGCCGAACUUUUUGACGUUUUGUUACUGACUUUCGUAUUAUGUAAUAAAGUUUUUAUUUAUCA